GAGCAGACAAUAGGCCCCUAAAGUGUUCCCCCUAAGUUGCUUUGAUGUUGUCCUAGUGUCUUGGUAGCAGGAGGCCGGGGAUUGCAGGCGCAGGGUCUCGUUUUGUUGGCAGCCGCGGCCCCCCCUCGCUCGGCGGAAUGACUCCCCAGGAAUCCCGCUCCUAGCAAGGUAAUCUUUCCUUGUGUGAGAAGGGGUCUGAACUCAUCACCUCUACGAUGAUCACUGCAAUGUCGUGACACCAGAGGUCUUGUGCGCCCUGGAGAUGCGAGACUUCCCCUCAGCAGCAGGAGGCACACAUUCAGAGAAUGCUGGAGCUGCAGGAGGGAAGGGCCCAGUGCAACGACAGAGAGAGACAAAGAGAAAAAAGACAAGCAGACGGACAGCGGUGAGAGAACCGUGCGGCAGAAAGUGCUUCAAAGCUGCCAGCAGCAGCAGGCCCCCUAGAGGAACUUGA